AUGAGUCGAACAGCUUCAGCCGGUUUCGAUCGUGAUAUAACUAUCUUUUCACCAGAAGGUCGACUUUAUCAAGUUGAAUAUGCUUUUAAAGCAAUUAAUCAAGGUGGUUUAACAACAGUAGCUGUUCGUGGUACAGAUUGCGUUGUUGCCAUUGCUCAAAAAAAGAUUCCAGACAAAUUACUUGAUCCAUCAUCUGUUAGUCAUUUAAAUGCCAUUACACCAACUGUUGGAUGUUUAAUGACUGGAAUGGUUGCUGAUUCUCGAUGGCAAGUACAACGAGCUCGAUAUGAAGCAGCAUCAUGGAAAUACAAGUAUGGUUAUGAUAUUCCCGUUGAUGCUAUAUGUCGUCGUAUUGCUGAUAUUUCACAAGUUUAUACGCAAGAAGCUGAAAUGAGACCACUUGGAUGCAGUAUGAUUUUAUUUGGUAUGGACGCAGAAAAAGGUCCAAUGUUAUAUAAAACUGAUCCAGCUGGAUAUUUUUGUGGUUUUCGUGCAACAAGUGCUGGUGUAAAGCAAACAGAAGCAAAUAAUUUCUUAGAAAAACGUAUUAAGAAAAAGUCUGAUUUAGCCUAUGAAGAAGCUAUUGAAUUGGCUAUUUCAACAUUAGCUAGCGUACUUUCAACUGAUUUAAAACCAAGCGAAAUUGAAAUUGGUGUUGUUACCAAAGAUAAUGAUAAAUUUCGAAUAUUAGCAGAAACUGAAGUAGAACAACAUUUGACACGUAUUGCUGAAAAAGAAUAA